GAGACGAGGCUUGUACGAGAGACAAUGGAAUUAAAAGUCAAGAUGGCGGUCGAAUGAUGGUGGAAAAGCAGCAAGAUGUUUCCGAUAUCACGGUAGCUGACGUUGAUAUUUUCAGGGAUACAGCGUUAAGAUAUCUAGGAUAUGCCAAUGAAUUUGGUGAGGCAUUCCGUACCCACAUCCCUCGGUUAAUGUACCUCGGUAGCUAUGGAGUUGCCUCCACCUACUGCCUGGCAGACUCCAUUGACAAAGGGAGGCGAUGCUACCAGGAAAGCACCCAUCUGUCCAGCUACCUCAAGAAACGCAAAGCUGUUGAAACCAUGGUAGAGGCAGCCAUAUGGCAGGGGUUGGCUUCAGUGAUUAUCCCAGGGUUUACAAUCAACAGAAUUUGUGCAGCAUCUAGGUUCACACUUAACAGAUAUGCGAGAGGAGUGCCUCCUAGUACCCAAAUGUGGAUGACCACUAUUGUGGGACUCACUGCAAUACCCUUUAUUAUCAAACCUAUAGACAGACUGGUGGAUAGUGUAAUGGAAGGAUUGAUUCAUAUUUCACGACAACUUGGUAUCUCUCAUCAACUGGAUCACAGCCACAAGAAAUAGAACCCUGGAAAUCCCAUAUUAAAACAAAAUUUCAUGGACAGAUUACUUUUAUUAGGUUAUUUUCUCUGGUUUUGUCAUAGUGACUGCCACUCCCACUCUGUAUUCCAUAAGUCAAUAAUGAACAUUUAACUUGGUAUUUUGAAUGCCAUAACUUUUAUGCCAUGACGCUGAUGCACAUAAAGAUUGUUACAUAUUUUUAUGUGUGAAAAAUUAUGCAUUAUUUAUGUUAACUAAAGGCAAUUUGCUGUUACCAGACUCUUCAAUAAACUUGGUGUCAGUUUCUUUUUGAA